AUGGAGACGGCCUCGCGCGCUCGGGGCCGGGCACGGCGGCGAGUCCCGCUGCUGCCGCCGCCACUGCUGCUGCUGCUGCUGCCGCCGCCCGUCGUGUGCCCGGCCGCGGCCCCGCGCAGCCUGCUGCCGCCCUACUUCAACCUGGCCCAGGCCGCCCGGAUUUGGGCCACCGCCACCUGCGGGGAGCGGGAGUCGGGCGGCGCGCGGCCCCGGCCCGAGCUCUUCUGCAAGCUGGUCGGGGGCCCCACGGCGCCGGGCAGCGGCCAAGCCAUCCAGGGCCAGUUCUGUGACUACUGCAAUUCGGAGGACCCCAGGAAAGCGCAUCCAGCCAGCAAUGCAAUCGAUGGCUCUGAAAGUUGGUGGCAGAGUCCUCCUCUGUCCUCAGGCGCAAUGUACAACCAAGUCAAUGUCACCUUGGACCUCGGGCAGCUCUUCCACGUGGCAUAUGUUUUAAUCAAAUUUGCAAAUUCUCCUCGUCCCGAUCUUUGGGUUUUGGAGCGAUCUGUUGACUUUGGAAGCACCUACUCACCUUGGCAAUAUUUUGCCCAUUCUAGAUUAGACUGUUUAGAACAAUUUGGGCAGGAGGCAAAUAUGGCCAUCACCAGAGACGAUGAUGUACUUUGUACUACUGAAUAUUCUCGGAUUGUGCCUUUAGAAAAUGGUGAGGUUGUGGUGUCCUUGAUAAAUGGCCGCCCAGGUGCAAAAAAUUUUACCUUCUCUCCCACCCUGAGGGAAUUCACCAAGGCCACAAACAUCCGCCUGCGUUUUCUCCGAACCAACACGCUUCUUGGACACCUCAUCUCCAAAGCACAGAGGGACCCGACUGUCACCCGGCGGUAUUAUUACAGCAUAAAGGACAUCAGCAUUGGUGGGAGGUGUGUUUGCAACGGCCAUGCUGAGGUCUGCAGCGCAAACAAUCCUGAAAAACAGUUUCGGUGUGAAUGUCAGCACCACACAUGCGGGGAGACCUGUGAUCACUGUUGUGCAGGGUACAAUCAGAGGCCCUGGCAGCCCGCCGUUCAGGAGGUCACCCACGAGUGUGAAGCGUGUAACUGCCAUGGCCAUGCCAGGGACUGUUACUAUGACCCAAAUGUUGAGAGGUUGCAGACAAGCUUGAAUAUCCAGGGCAUUUAUGCAGGUGGAGGGGUCUGCAUUGACUGUCAGCACAAUACAGCUGGCAUAAACUGUGAGAAAUGUGCAAAGGGCUAUUAUCGCCCAUAUGGUGUCCCAGUUGAUGCCCCCCACGGCUGUAUCCCUUGCAGCUGUAACCCUGAGCAUGCGGAGGACUGCGAGCAGGGCUCUGGCCGCUGCACCUGCAAGCCGAAUUUCAGCGGAGACAACUGUGAGAAGUGUGCCACUGGAUACUACCGAUACCCCGCGUGCUUGAGAAUUCCCAUUGCAUCUAUUUCUACUCCAAAUCCAGAAGAUCCCAUAGCUGGGGAUAUAAAAGGCUGUGACUGUGAGCUGGAAGGAGUGCUCCCAGAGAUCUGCGAUGCCCAAGGAAGAUGCCUGUGCCGCCCUGGGGUGGAGGGCCCUCGGUGUGACGCCUGCCGCUCGGGGGCCUACUCCUUCCCCAUCUGCCAAGAUUGCCAGUGCUCAGCCCUCGGCUCCUACCAGACUCCCUGCGACCCAGUGAGCGGCCAGUGUGCCUGCCGCCCGGGGGUCACAGGAAGACGCUGUGACCGGUGUCUCUCAGGAGCCUUUGACUUCCCCGACUGCCAAGACUCCGGCAGUGCCUGUGACCCCGCGGGUACCCUCGACUCGAGCAGGGGCUAUUGCCAGUGUAAGCUUCACGUUGAAGGUCCUUCAUGUAGCAUCUGCAAACCAUUAUAUUGGAAUUUGGUCGAAGACAACCCCAUUGGAUGCUCAGCAUGCCAGUGCCACACGGCAGGAACAGCGAGCGGAAUUGGAGAGUGCGGCCAGCAAGACGGAGACUGUCGCUGCAAGUUCCAUGUGAGCGGCGACGCCUGUGACACGUGUGAGGACGGCUACUUUGCCUUGGCCAAGGACAGCUACUUUGGGUGUCGAGGGUGUCAGUGUGACAUCGGUGGAGCCAUCACCCCUGUGUGCAGUGGGUCCUCGGGAGAGUGCCAGUGCCGCGAGCAUGUUGUGGGGACGACCUGCCAGCGACCUGAAAACAAUUACUAUUUCCCGGAUCUGCACCAUAUGAAGUAUGAGAUCGAAGAUGGCAGCACCCCUGAUGGAAGAGAGCUUCGGUUUGGCUUUGAUCCCCUAGAGUUCCCUGGGUUCAGCUGGAGAGGUUAUGCCCAGAUGACCUCAUUGCAGAAUGAAGUAAGGAUCCGGUUGAAUGUAGGGGAAUCAAGCCUUUCCUUGUUUCGUAUUAUUCUGAGAUAUGCUAACCCUGGCACUCAAGCAGCAUCGGGCCACGUAAUAAUUUAUCCAGCCUCAUCUACAGAAGGUGAUGCUCAAAGCAAAGGAAUCGUCUUCCUGCCAAGUAAGGAACCAGCCUUUGUUACCAUCCCGGGAAAUGGUUUUGUAGAUCCAUUUUCAAUUGCACCAGGAACAUGGAUUGCUUGUAUCAAGGCAGAGGGAGUUCUUCUGGACUACUUGGUGCUGCUGCCUCGGGACUACUAUGAUGCACUGUCCUUGCAGCUGCCCGUCACAGAGCCCUGUGCUGACAUCGGAGACCCCGGGGAGAAUUGCUUGCUCUACCAGCAUUUGCCUGUGGCCCGAUUUUCCUGUGCUGCUGCGUGUGAGGCCAGCCACUUCCUGCUCGAUGGAGAGCCGAAGCCCCUGGCAAUGAGGCAGCCCAGCCCUGCACACCCUGUCAUGGCCGACCUCCAUGGGAGAGAGGUGGAGCUCCACCUGCAGCUCUGGGUCCCACAAGUUGACCGCUAUGUGGUCGUGGUGGAAUAUGCCACGGAAGCAGACCAACCAACUGUGGCUGAUGUGGAUGUGGAGAGCUCUGGCUCUGUCGUGGCGGGUCAGGUGAACAUCUACAGCUGCAAGUACAGCAUCGUCUGCCGCAGUGCUGUGACUGACAGCCAGCGCCGCCUGGCCGUGUAUGACCUGCUGGCAGACGCGGACAUUCACCUCAAAGUGCACAGGGCCCAGUUCUUUCUGCAUCAGAUUUGUCUCAUACCCAUUGAAGAAUUCUCAACCGAAUAUUUGAGCCCGCAAGUCAAAUGCAUUGCCAGUUAUGGACAAGUUGCUAAUCAAAGUGCUGCUUGUGUCUCGCUGGCCCCUGAAACUCCUCCAACAGCCUUAAUUUUUCACGUCCCGAGUGGUGAGUCUUCACUGCCCCUGCCUCAGGAUCCUACACCUGCUGCCGAUGUUGUUACUGGAGUGACCUUGCAGGCCCCUCAGAACCAAAUGACCAUAAAAGAACUUGUACCUCACCCAGGCCGAUAUGUCUUUGUCAUCCAUUUUUGCCAACCUGAACACCCCACGUUUGCUGCCCAAGUGUUUGUGGAUGGAGGGCACCUACGGCCAGGGAUCUUUCGUGCCUCUUUUUGUCCUCAUGUACUGGGCUGCCGGGACCAAGUGAUCGCAGAAAAUCAAAUUGAAUUUGAUGUCUCAGAACCUGAGGUGGCUGUGACAGUGAAGAUUCCAGAAGGAAAAUCCUUAGUGUUGGUCCGUAUCCUAGUGGUGCCUGCGGAAAAAUAUGACUACCAAAUCCUUCACAAGAAAUUCCUGGACAAGUCAUCCGAGUUUAUCACCAACUGUGGAAGAAACAGUUUUUAUAUUGACCCUCAGACAGCCUCCCAGUUUUGCAAGAAUUCUGCCACGUCCUUGGUGGCCCUUUACCACAACGGUGCACUGCCUUGUGGGUGUCACCCGGCUGGGACCAUUGGUCAUCACUGCAGCCCGGAGGGCGGACAGUGCCCGUGCAGGCCCGGCGUCACGGGGCGGCAGUGCAGCCGCUGUCAGACAGGCUACUUCGGAUUCCCACACUGCAAACCAUGCAGCUGUGGUGGGCGCCUCUGUGAGGAGACCACCGGGAAGUGCCUGUGCCCACCCCGCACACUCAGGCCCCAGUGUGAGGUGUGUGAGCCCAACUCUUUCAGCUUCCAUCCCCUGACCGGCUGUGAAAGGUGCAACUGUUCCCGGAUGGGCACCCUUGGGACCGACAGCCCAGAGUGUGACAGCCAUCACGGGCAGUGCAGGUGCAAACCCAGGGUCACAGGGCGGCAGUGUGACCGGUGUGCUGCAGGGUUUUACCACUUCCCUGAGUGCCUCCCCUGCCGGUGCAGCAAGGAUGGCUCAUUGCCAGAGGUCUGUGACCCCGACACCGGAGCUUGCCUCUGCAAGGAAAAUGUGGAAGGUCCAGAAUGCAGUGUGUGUCGAAAAGGAUCAUUCCAUCUGGACCCAUCAAAUCCCAAGGGCUGUACCAGCUGCUUUUGUUUUAGAGUAACCACUCUCUGUCAAAGUACACAUAGGAGAAGAACUAAGUUCGUGGAUAUGAUGGGCUGGCACCUGGAGACGGCGAACGGGGCUCACAUCCCGGUGUCCUUCAACCCGGGCAGCCGCAGUGUGGUCGCCGACCUGCAGGAGCUGCCGGCCACGGAGCACAGUGCCUUCUGGGUGGCACCGCCCUCCUACCUAGGGGACAAGGUUUCCUCGUACGGUGGGUACCUCACCUACCAAAUCAAGUCUUUUGGCCUCCCUGGGGACAUGACCCUUCUGGAGAAGGAGCCAGAUGUGCAGCUCAUGGGUCAGCAUGUGUCCAUUUUCUACGAGGCCCCAAACAGCCCCCGGCCAGACCGACUGUAUCAGGGGCGUGUGCAGCUGAUUGAGGGGAACUUCAGACACGCCAGCAGCGGAGCCCCCGUGUCCAGGGCAGAGCUGAUGACGCUGCUGUCUAGACUGCAAGGCAUGCGCCUGCGAGGCCUCUACUUCACGGAGACGCAGCGGCUCACCCUGGGCGAGGUGGGGCUGGAGGAGGCUUCUGACACAGGAAGUGGACGCAGAGCACAUCAAGUGGAGAAGUGUGCCUGUCCCCCUAACUUCCAGGGUGACUCAUGCCAGGGUUGCAGCCCUGGAUACUAUUGGGAUAGCAAUGGCUUGUAUACUGGACGCUGCGUUCCCUGCAGUUGCAACGGACACUCAAACCGAUGCCAGGAAGGUUCAGGAAUAUGUAUUAACUGCCAACAUAACACCGCUGGUGACCACUGUGAGCGCUGCAAAGAUGGUUUCUAUGGGAGCGCCGUGCAUGGGUCCUGUCAGGCCUGCCCAUGCCCUCACUCAAACAGUUUUGCCACUGGCUGUGUUGUGACUGGCGGAAACGUGAGGUGCUCCUGCAAACCCGGAUACACGGGAACACAAUGUGAAAGGUGUGCACCAGGAUAUUUUGGGAAUCCCCAGAAAUUUGGAGGUAGCUGCCAACCAUGUAAUUGCAAUAGCAAUGGCCAGUUGGGCAGUUGUGACCCCAUAACAGGAGACUGCAUAAACCAAGAACCCAAAGAUAGCGGGCCUGGAGAAGAAUGUGACGACUGUGACAGCUGUGUGAUGACACUCCUGAAUGACCUGGCCAGAAUGAGUGAUGAGCUGCGCCUGGUCCAAUCCCGGCUGCAGGGGCUGAGUGCCAGUGCGGACACUCUGGAGCAGAUGAGGCGCUUGGAGAGCCAGACUAAGGAUCUGAGGAACCAGUUGCUCAACUACCGUUCUACCAUUUCAAAUCAUGGCUUGAAAGUGGAUGGCCUAGAAAAAGAACUGAGUAAUUUGAAUCGUGAGUUUGAAACUGUGCAAGAAAAGGUUCAAACAAAUUCCAGAAAAGCACAAACACUAAAUGACAACGUUGAUCAGACAAUAAAGAGUGCCAAAGAGCUGGACUCCAAGCUUAAAACUGUCAUAAGCAACGUGCAAAUUCUUUUGAAGCAGGUUUCUGGGACCGAUGGAGAAGGCAACAAUGUGCCUCCAGGAGAUUUCUCCAGACAGUUGGCAGAGGCAGAACGGAUGAUGAGGGAACUGAGGAGCCGUGACUUUGGAAAGUCCCUGAAAGAAGCAGAAACUGCAAAGAGCGAGUCUCAGCUCUUGCUGACUCGAAUCAGGAGCUGGCUGGAAAGCCACCACGGGGAGAACAGCGGCCUGGUCAAGAGUAUCCACGAUUCUUUAAGCGAAUACGAAGGCAAAGUGAGUGACCUGUAUGCUAUGGUACAAGAAGCAACAGCCAAUGCCAAGAAGGCCAGCGGCCUCAACCAGGAAAAUGAGAGGGCCUUGGAGUCCAUCCGGAGAAAAGUCAAAGAAAUGGAUUCCCUGCAGAGUGAUUUCACCAAGUAUAUCACGAAUGCAGAUGUGUCCUUGCAGCAAACCAGAGUGGUCCUGCAACAGAUGGGGAGAAGCCAGGAGGACUAUGAAAAAUUAGCAGCCUCAUUAAACAAAGCCAGGCUUGAACUGAGUGACAGAGUGAGAGAACUUUCCAAAGCUGCCAGCAAAACAGCCCUGGUGGUGGAGGCAGAAAAACACGCACAGUCCUUGCAAGAACUGGCAAAGCAGCUGGAGGAGAUCAAGAAGAAUGCCAGCGGGGAUGAACUGGUGCGUGGCGCCGUGGAUGCUGCCACUGCUUACGACAACAUCCUCAAAGCCAUCAAGGCCGCCGAGGAUGCCGCCGACAGAGCCAGCAGCGCCUCAGAGGGGGCCCUCCAGACACUGACAAAUGAAGAUCUUCCUAGAAAAGCUAAAACCCUGAGUUCUGACAGUGAUACGCUGUUAAAGGAAGCCAAGAUAACACAGAAGAAGCUAGAGCAAGAAAUCAGUCCCGCUCUCAACAACCUACACCAAACUCUGAACAGUGUGACAAUUCAGAAGGAGCUGAUAGAAACCAACCUCACAGUCAUCCGUGAUGAUCUCCGUGGGAUACAAAGAGAUGACAUUGAUGAGAUGAUCAAUAGUGCAAAGAGCAUGGUCAGAAAUGCCAACGACAUCACCGAUGAGGUUCUGGAUGGGCUCAACCCCAUUCAGACAGACGUGGAGAGAAUGAAAGACACCUAUGGGACAGCACAGAGUGAAGACUUCAACAAGGCUCUCACCGAUGCAGAUAACUCUGUAAAGAAGCUAACCAACAAGCUACCUGAUCUUUUGAGCAAGAUUGAAAGUAUCAACCAGCAGCUGUUGCCUCUGGGCAACAUCUCCGACAAUGUGGAUAGGAUUCGAGAGCUAAUCCAGCAGGCACGAGAUGCUGCCAACAAGGUUGCUGUCCCCAUGAGGUUCAAUGGUAAAUCUGGAGUUGAAGUCCGGCUGCCCAGUGACCUGGAAGAUAUGAAAGGAUACACAUCUCUUUCUUUGUUUCUUCAAAGACCUGAGCCCAAAGAAAAUGGGGGCACAGAGAACAUGUUUGUGAUGUACCUUGGAAAUAAAGAUUCCUCCAGGGACUACAUUGGCAUGGCAGUUAUCAGGGGCCAACUCACAUGCAUCUACAACCUGGGAGAUCAUGAGGCUGAACUCCAGGUGGACCAGAUCUUAACCAGGAGCGAAACCCAGGAGGCGGUUAUGGACCGAGUGAAAUUUCAGAGAAUUUACCAGUUUGCAAGGCUUAAUUACACCAAAAAAGCCACAUCCAGUAAAUUGGAAAUUCCGCAAUUCUAUGAAAUGGAGAGUGGAAACAGCAAAACACUCCUGAAUCUGGAUCCUGAAAAUGUUGUAUUUUAUGUUGGAGGUUACCCACCUGAUUUUAGACUUCCCAGUAGAAUAAGAUUCCCUCCAUACAAAGGUUGUAUUGAACUAGAUGACCUAAAUGAAAAUGUGAUCAGUUUGUACAAUUUCAAGUCAGCAUUCAAUCUCAACACAACUGAAGUGGAGCCCUGUAGACGGAGAAAGGAAGAGUCAGACAAAAAUUAUUUUGAAGGUACAGGUUAUGCUCGAGUUCCAACUCAACCAAAUCAUCCUUUCCCAACCUUCGGACAGACUAUUCAGACCACCGUGGACAGAGGGUUGCUGUUCUUUGCAGAGAACCAGGAUCGCUUCAUCUCUCUAAAUAUAGAAGAUGGUGUUCUCGUGGUGCGGUACAAACUGAAUUCAGACUUGCCUGAAGAGAGAGGAUUCAAAGACAUCAUAAAUGAUGGGAAAGAUCAUUCGAUUCUCAUCAAAAUUGGCAAAGUCCAAAAACUUAUGUGGAUAAAUGUGAAUACCCAAAACAUUAAAAUUGAAGCUGAUAUAUUUGAUUUCAGCACUUACUAUCUGGGAGGAAUUCCAAUUGCUCUCAGGGAAAGAUUCAAUAUCUCCACACCUGCAUUCCGGGGCUGCAUGAAAAAUCUGAAGAAAACAAGUGGUGUUGUGAGAUUGAAUGAUACUGUGGGAGUAACCAAAAAAUGCUCAGAAGACUGGCAGCUCGUGCGAUCUGCCUCAUUCUCCAGGGGAGGCCAACUGAGUUUCACCAAUCUGGACUACCCAUUGCCCAACUACUACCAGGCCUCCUUCGGAUUUCAGACCUUUCAACCCAGUGGCGUUUUGUUAAAUCACCAAACAAGGUCGAGUAGUCUGCAGGUCACCUUGGAAGACGGUCACAUCGAGCUGAGCACCAGAGACAGCAGCAGCCCACUUCUCAAAUCUCCGCAGACCUACAUGGAUGGGCUGUUGCACUAUGUGACUGUGAUCAGCGACAACUCUGGGCUCCGGCUUCUCAUUGACGACCAGCCCCUGAAAAGCAGCCAAAGGCUUCAGGGCUUCUCCAACUCCCUGCAGUCCCUGCGUCUGGGCGGGAGUGACUUUGAGGGGUGCAUCAGCAACGUCUUGAUCCAGAGGUUGUCACAGAAUCCCACUGUUUUAGAUUUUGUCAGUAAAUCUACCAAGAGAGAGGUGUCACUGGGAGGCUGUGAUUUAAACAAACCGCCUUUCCUGAUGCUGCUCAAAGGUUCAACAAAGUUUUCCAAGGCCAAGACAUUCAACAGAGACCAGCUAUUACAGGACAUGCCAGUGGCCACCCCGAGGAGAAGAGCAGUGAUGUGGAGAGAAGCUCAGACCUGCCCAUCAUCUCCUGGGGCCCUCAGAUUUGGGGACAGCCCCACCAGUCACAUGCGGUUCACACUGCCCCCGGAGCUGCAGACCCCCAGGUGGCAGUUUGCUGUGGAUGUGCAGACAGUGUCCCCCAGAGGACUCGUUUUCUCCACAGGCACCGCAGAUGCCCACGUGGCUCUCUAUCUCUCGAAAGGACGUCUGGUCUUUGCACGGGGAACUGAUGGGAAAAGGCUGAGGCUCAAGAGCAAAGAGAGGUGCAACGAUGGGAAGUGGCACACGGUGGUGUUUGGGCAAGAUGGACUCAAAGGGCUCUUGGUUGUGGAUGGACUGAAGACCCGGGAGGGAAGUUUCCCUGGAAAUUCCACUGUUGGCCUCAGCUCAUCAAUUUACCUGGGAUCACCUCCUUCAGGGAAGCUAAAGGGCCUCCCCGCAAUCAGCUUUGUGGGAUGCCUGAAGAACUUUCAACUCAAUCUGCAACCCCUGGGUAGCCCUUCUGCAAGCGUGGGGGUGUCUCCCUGCUUCGACGGCUCUGUGGAGAAAGGCAUUUAUUUCUCCCAGGAAGGAGGCCUUGUGGUCCUAGCUAACCCGGUGUCCCUGGGACCAGAAUUUAAGCUUGUCUUCAGUAUUCGCCCAAGAAGUCUUACUGGAAUCCUCAUACUCAUCGGGACCGAGACAGGGAAGCACCUGUGUGUGUAUAUGGAGUCAGGGAAGGUCAUAGCCUCAGUGGAGAGUGAAGCAGGUGGCAUUUCAACGUCAGUCACGCCAAAGCAAUCUCUGUGUGAUGGACAGUGGCACUCGGUGGCAGUCACCAUAAAACAACACAUCCUGCAUCUGGAACUGGACUCAGACAACAGCUACACAGCGGGACGUCUUCCGUUCCCAUCUACCAGCACUCAGGAGCCGUUGCACAUCGGAGGUGUCCCAGCCAAUUUGAAGACCCUGAAGAUACCAGUGUGGAAAUCAUUUUUCGGCUGUCUGAAGAACAUUCAAGUCAACCACACUCCUGUCCCUGUCACCGAGGCCCUGGAAGUCCAGGGAACUGUCAGUCUAAAUGGCUGCCCUGACCACUGACGGGGACCUCCGGAAGAGCACGGGAGUUCACCUUCUCUGGCACUGAUGUCUCAGGCACUCCCUCGCCCCACAUAGCAUCAUUCUUGACUUAAGACACCAUCCAGACAGGUUCCAAUGAAAAUCUGACUUCUAAUUCCAACUACAUCUAACCACCAUUUUGGCAUUCAGUGCUAGAUAUGUAUUUUAUAUAAAAAUUCCAUUGCUUGAAGAUGAUGAACAAAUUGUCACAUGCUUUUGGUAAUAUUAUUUUCCACUAAAAAUUCAAUGUCUUUUAAGGAACAUUAUUUUCCAUUUAUUAAAAAUAUAUAUUUAAAAGCACUUUAAAAAUAUGAAAGUUUUACAUAUGUCAAGGGUAUAU